AGCGCGUGUGUUGCUCGCGCGUGGGGGUUGAAGCGAAGACGCGUGAGCGAAGCGACCAGCUAGAAUUCCGCUCAGCUAGAGAGGAAGGACUUGCCACUCGGUAAUGGACGCCAAUAAAGGUAAAGGGGAACAAGGGAUGCAAAAUCCAGCUGGGCAGGCGGACAGACCUCCCAACUAUCACUUCUUGGAAAGCAUGCUCCCUAAGGUAGUGAAGAGGCGAGUGCAUGCCUUGAAACGGCUACAGGUGCAGUGUGCCAACAUAGAGGCUAAAUUCUACGAGGAAGUCCAUGAGCUAGAGAGGAAGUAUGCUGCCCUCUAUCAGCCACUGUUUGACAAGAGACGAGAAAUUGUCACAGGAACAGUGGAACCCACAGACGAAGACUGUGAGUGGCAUAGUGACAGAGAGGAAGAGGAGGAGCUAGCUGAGGAAGUAAAGGAAAAAGCUGCUAUUGAGGAUGCAAAGAAAGAGGAAGCCACACCUGAGGAAGACCCAAAAGGCAUCCCCGAGUUCUGGCUCACCAUAUUCAAGAGUGUGGACAUGCUCAGUGACAUGCUACAGGAACAUGAUGAGCCCAUCCUAAAGCACCUGAAAGAUAUUCAAGUCAAAUUUUCUGAGCCAGGACAACCAAUGAGUUUCACAUUAGAGUUCCACUUUGAGCCCAAUGGCUACUUCAACAACGCAGUCCUCACUAAAGUCUACAAGAUGAAGUCAGAGCCUGAUGCCUCAGACCCUUUCUCAUUUGAGGGGCCAGAGAUCAUUGACUGUGAAGGCUGUCAGAUAGACUGGCACAAGGGGAAGGAUGUGACUGUGAAAACUAUUAAGAAGAAGCAGAAGCAUAAAGGCCGUGGCACUGUCCGCACUGUUACCAAACAGGUCCCCAACGACUCUUUCUUCAACUUCUUUAACCCCAUCAAAGCUUCACCAGACGGAGAAAUGGAUGAAGACUCUGAGUUCACCCUAGCCACAGACUUUGAGAUUGGUCAUUUCUUCCGUGAGAGAAUAGUUCCCAGAGCAGUGCUGUACUUCACUGGAGAGGCCCUGGAAGAUGACGAGAGCUUUGAAGAGGAGGAGCUGGAAGAGGGAGAAGAUGAGGAGCAAGAGGAGGAGGGUGAUGAUGACGAUGAUGAGGGAGACUUUGACCCCAAGAAAGAACAGCCCCAGCCUGCCGAAUGCAAACAGCAGUAACCGUGGUGAUCAGGGGAGGUGGAGACCUGCUGUCUGUCAAAUCAGUUCUCAGCCAAUCAGCAAGUCCUCCUACUCUUGCAGGCUCCGCCCUUUUAUGAACUUUCAUCUGAACGCAAUAGAACGCAAACCAAACUGCGUUUUUACUAUGUGCAUGACUUAUUUUUCUUUUGUCUUGCGCCCAUCUCACCCCUUUUUAUUUGGCUUCACUCAGACGUAAAGCGGGAGGUGACUUGACUAAUUAAACUACCAUGGCAUCGCAUAGAGACAGUCUUCUUCUUUGGUAAGGUGGAGUAGGUUACUACUGCCAAGAACCUCAGAACAUCAUCACAAGGAAAAAAAGAUAGGAAAGGAACGGAUCCCCAACUUUAGUUUUCACGGAAAUAAAUCAGUUACUCAGGGUUUUUUAAUGCCAACAAGAGAAGUGCUAGUUUACCAGGAAACUGUUGAACAAGUCUGACUUAAUCUUUCACUGGGGUCGCUGAAGCGUUUUUUUUCUUUUGUUAAUGGUGUUUUUUAAGAGACAUACAGUGUAUCAUUUUGAAUUUAAUUUACUUUUUUAAAUGUUCAUUGUCAUGUCAUUGGACUAUUUAUUCUGGUGUCAUGCAGCUGUAUGAAGUGGUGCAUUUUGGGAACUCUUAAGGCCCAGCCACAGUUAAAGGCUCAUUCUCAUUGGCUCAAAUCUUAUUUGGGCUUAGCAGGUCAACAAAACGUGAAUACUGCCAAGUCAUGUAGUUUUUUUUUUUUUUUAAUUAUUAUUAUAUUAUUAUUGAAAUGAAUUUCAAACAUUGACGAAUGGCGUUCUGCAUUAAUACUGCUCACUUCUGCCCAGUCUAAUGGGCUUAACAAGCAUUUAAACUGAGCACUUGAGUGGACGCGUAACACUAUUUAACAUCAUGUGACAGGCAUUAGUUAUACCUCAACACUGUCAUACAUAUAUAAAGCUCUUCCCUGUUACCCCAUCACCCCUGAAAUGCUCUUUUGAACUUGAACAAGGAUAAUAAAAGUUCAACAAAACAUUUCAAAAGUAGAUUUUUUUUUCCACAUAGGUUGAUCUCAGCUUGUUGGAUUUUCCCCAGCCCAAACAUUACAUCUAGUCUGGUGAAUAUUUCCCUCGAAGACAACACAUUUAAGCAGACAUAGUGGCUGACCCACAACCUUUUUAUGGUUGUUAUCACGUCUGGUAUGUAUCUAGUUCUUAUUUAAAGUCAGUGAUGGGACAGGGUGCAGGAUAUUUGGAUCACAUGUAAAUUCUGUUGCCAAGAAGCCAAAAUGAAAGACAAAACACACCGUCCUCUUUUAUUCAAUUGUUUGCCAAUUGUCAUUAACACAGUGUAAUCUAAUCCAGCAUUUAAAGUUGUUUAAGAAUAUAUAAAUAUUUCUGUUAUUGUCUGAUUCAGUAGAAUGUCUGUGGAAAACAAAUAGAAGAGGUUGCCAAUGUAUUUUAUACACUGCACUUGUUUUUUCGGCCGUUGGAUCGGACACCGUUGCCUGGUGACUGGUUGGCGAUGGCGGUUGCAGUGAAAAUAUGACCACCCCUUCUCUCUUUUUAAAAAGAACGAUUGUAGAUCUCGGACAGAUCUCUCAGAGCCACGGUUGACAUCUUCAAAUCGACCACAUUGGACCGUGUGCUAGCAAUGGCCUUAACUGGUUCUUAUUCACAAUUUGUUACUUGCGCAAUAUUUCUUUUCAAUUUGUACAGAGUUAGUUAAAAUAUUCUAUUAAAGUUGUGCGACAUGGAAAUGUG